UUUGCCAUUGCCAUUGAUAAAAGGAAUAAAAUGCCGCAAAGCUCAGCAACCAACAACUGGUCGUUCCAGUCGUUACCACGUCAGCGCAGUGGCCAAUUUAUGCCUCAUGUUCACUUGCUAACUACGGUGCCGGAGACGGCGCCGUUACUAACACCGCCACCAAUUCGAAAACCGCUCACACUUCAGUUGCCAAAUCAAUUUGCGGGCGUCGCUGCUGCUGGCAAUAUUGGUUCACAGAACAGACGCAGGUUUAUAACAGCGCGUAGGAAGGCAAAAGCAACCACAACAACAACAAUGAAAAUGUUGGUCGACACCGAGCAUGAGGAGGCUAGGAACUUGCAAAUUGAGUUCGAGUGGGUACUGCGGAUGGAAGUUCAUGCGAUAUUAAAGCAACUGAGAACUAUUCUUGUGGAGUGCGCACAUCGAUUUCCCGUGCCGCUUUAUGAAAAUGAGGGGAAAAAGACUGAAAAGUUCAUACUCAGCGUGUCGCCGGAUCAAUUGAAGGCGGUACUAACGUUAACAGGCGAUGCCAUUACACAAGCGGACAUUAGUUUUAAGCUGUGUAAAGCGCCAAGUCAAACGCAACGCACCUCAAUAACACACGACUCGCCAUGGAAACUGCAGCAAGUUCAGGAUGCCGCCAAUCACUUGCAAACAGCAAUCAAUCAUAUUGACGACGUUGAUGAUUCUUAUCAUUUCAAAACCUCCGACGAAGUGCUGCAUGUGAUAGGCAAUAUUCUAGAUGCACUGCAACGUGGACGCAAUAGCUUGCUAGUGCCCAAGAAGAAACCCAUUGAUGAGCUUAUAAAGGGACGAAAUAUGAAAUCUCUAGUACCCAAUCUGCCAGAAGAUUUGGCGGUCAGCUUUUAUCUGCAGAGCCACAAACUGAUUGUGGCCGUCUAUCAGCUGUUAAACAAUCAAGGCACCAUGCGUUUCGAUUCCCGCCAGGCCGAGGCCUCUGUCCAGUGGCUGAACGAUGUGCUAUUGUUAUUAAUGAAUGGUCAAAAAUUGUGUCAGCAACUGAAAGACAAGAUUUCCGUAUUUUCGGUCUACAAGGAUUUCACAGUUGGCUCACGAUCGCCCUCAGCAUUAUCGUACUGAAGUGGAAAAUGGCGAAAAAUUACGGCAAAAUGACAUCGUGUUGGCACUCACAGUACCACAAAAACAAUAACAACAAUAAUAGUUAUAAAGGAAAUGUACUUGUACUAGUAAAUAAUGUUAGUUAACAAAGAAGAAAGUUAAUAGUUGUUAUGACUACGUCAUAGCGCUUACCUAUAUAUGUAUGCAUACAUACACGUAACUAGUUUAAUACAUACACAUACCCACGCGCAAUCAAAUCGUAAGUACAUUCACAUUGUUCAUACAUUAAAAUAUAGAUAUAUA